ACCCUACUUUUCACUCCUCAUCAUCAGUUUCAGUGCUCACAUCCCUGUUCAUGCAACACUUUCACUUAAACUCUGCCCCUACAUUCAUGCCCCCACAUAUAUAGUCCCUUCCUUCUUCAAUUCACACUCAGAGUUCAGGACGAAUUUGAUUUCCUCUCGACUUUCCUGAAUCUUAUUGUGUCUAACUCUUAUUGGGUUUUUCCUGAUUUGACUUUAUCUUAACUUUUACCAGAUUUCGAUUCGAGAUCCUGAAUCAUGACACAAGUAGAAAACCAAACACAAAACCAUGAACUUCCGAUCACUUCCACCACCGCCACUACAACCAAACCAAAAUCCAAGAAACUGACACUAAUCCCUCUCAUUUUCCUCAUCUAUUUUGAGGUGGCCGGAGGCCCUUAUGGAGAAGAGCCUGCAGUACAAGCAGCCGGGCCUCUCUUGGCGCUUCUUGGCUUCCUCAUCUUUCCCUUCAUCUGGAGUGUCCCUGAAGCUCUCAUCACCGCCGAGCUCUCCACCGCCUUUCCGGGCGACGGCGGUUUCGUCAUCUGGGCUCACCAGGCCUUCGGACCCUUCCUCGGAUCCAUGAUGGGCUCCUGGAAAUUCCUGAGCGGAGUCAUAAACGUUGCAGCUUUUCCAGUUCUUUGCAUAGACUACCUGGAGAAAGUUAUCCCCGCCCUGGAAUCAGGCUGGCCGAGAAAUCUGGCAAUUAUGUUAUCAACCUGUGCACUUUCUUUUCUCAACUACACAGGAUUAGCCAUCGUUGGAUAUGCCGCUGUUUUGUUAGGGAUUGUUUCUCUUUCUCCUUUCGUAUUAAUGUCUCUGAUUUCCAUCCCAAAAAUUCAACCACACAGAUGGCUCAGUUUAGGCCAAAAAGGGGUUAAAAAAGAUUGGAACUUGUUCUUCAACACCCUCUUUUGGAACUUGAAUUUCUGGGAUAAUGUCAGUACUUUAGCAGGCGAAGUAGAUAAGCCUCAUAAAACAUUCCCCAAAGCGCUUCUAGUGGCAGUGAUUUUUACUUGUUUAGCCUAUUUGAUCCCACUUUUAGCCGUCAUUGGAGCUGUUUCCGUGGAUCAAAGUCAAUGGGAAUCCGGGUUCCAUGCCACUGCAGCUGAAAUAAUUGCAGGAAAAUGGCUAAAAUAUUGGAUUGAAGUUGGGGCGGUCCUGUCCGCAAUUGGGCUAUUUGAGGCACAACUAAGCAGCUGUGCAUAUCAGCUUUUGGGCAUGGCGGAUUUGGGCUCUUUGCCGAAGUUUUUCGGUUCAAGAUCAAAAUGGUUUGACACUCCAUGGGUGGGAAUUUUGUUGUCCACAUUAAUCACACUUGGAGUUUCAUAUAUGAACUUCACUGACAUAAUUUCAUCAGCCAAUUUUUUAUACAGUUUGGGGAUGUUGCUAGAAUUUGCCUCAUUUUUAUGGCUGAGGAGGAAGUUGCCGCUAUUGAAUAGGCCGUUCAGGGUGCCAAUGAGGCUGCCGGGAUUGGUGAUUAUGUGCCUAAUUCCAUCUGGGUUUUUGGUUUUGAUUAUGGCGAUUGCAACAAAGACUGUGUAUUUGGUGAGUGGGUUGAUGACAUUGGGGGCAAUUGGAUGGUAUUUUUUGAUGAAGCUUUUGAAGUCAAAGAAUGUGUUCAAGUUCAAUAAUGGUGGUGAAGAAUGAUGUGUUUGGCUAGGUUAAAUUGACUUUUGACUUUUUGCAAAAGUGCUUUUGUAUGAGAAAAUGACUUAUGAAGAUGUAGAGUAACUAUCUUGGGCAUAUAUACAAAAGACUUUUAUAGCAAUACACAUGUAGAGGACAAAAAACCAUACCCAUUAGAAUAUAUUGUUGUACUCUUUUCUUUAAUGUUUUUUCAUCUUUUACAUAGUAUAAAACUCUUUUAUUUUUUUUCUUUUUUUA